GAGUCGAACCAAGUGAGAUGCCGCUGUCUGUGACGGCGAAGCUACAACAGCUACGAGAAAACGUCGGUCAAAACUAACUCAAUAUGGAUAAUAAUGACGCAUUUUUACAUCUCAACUCCUCCCCCGGACACACGACUUCUCAGCCUCCACCAAUGAGCUCCAUGGUGGGCCACCCAUCCGUCAUCAGCUCGUCACGGCCCCUCCAGUCUCCCAUGGGUGCUUUGGGCUCGUCCAUGAAUGGCCUGGCAUCACCCUAUUCUGUCAUCACUUCCUCUCUGGGCUCACCGUCUGUCUCGCUUCCCUCCACACCUGGCAUGGGAUUCAACACCCUUAACAGUCCACAGAUGAAUUCUCUGAGCAGUGUGAGUAGUUCGGAGGAUGUUAAGCCGCCUCCUGGUCUUGCCCCACUGGGCAGCAUGAAUAGUUACCAGUGCACCAGCCCGGGAGGCCUGUCCAAACACAUCUGUGCCAUAUGCGGAGACCGCUCCUCAGGGAAGCACUAUGGUGUGUACAGUUGCGAAGGCUGCAAAGGCUUUUUCAAGAGAACCGUCCGGAAAGACCUGACCUACACCUGUCGAGAUAGCAAAGAAUGCCUGAUUGACAAACGCCAACGGAACCGCUGCCAGUACUGCCGCUACCAGAAGUGCCUGGCGAUGGGCAUGAAGAGAGAAGCGGUUCAGGAAGAGAGGCAACGCGGGAAAGAGAAAAGCGAUAACGAGGUGGAGUCGACGAGCAGUUUUAACGAAGACAUGCCCGUGGAGAAGAUCCUAGACGCUGAACUUGCCGUUGAACCCAAGACUGAGACGUACACGGACGGUAGCCCCAGCAACUCAACUAAUGAUCCAGUCACCAAUAUCUGUCAGGCGGCAGAUAAGCAGCUGUUCACUCUAGUGGAGUGGGCCAAGAGAAUACCACACUUCUCCAGGCUGCCACUGGACGACCAGGUCAUCCUGCUGCGGGCAGGAUGGAACGAGUUGCUCAUCGCCUCGUUUUCACACCGGUCCGUGACGGUGAAAGACGGCAUCCUACUGGCCACCGGCCUCCACGUUCACAGGAGCAGCGCCCAUAGCGCGGGAGUCGGUUCCAUUUUCGACAGGGUGCUGACUGAGUUGGUGUCUAAGAUGAAGGAUAUGCAGAUGGAUAAGACAGAGCUGGGCUGCCUAAGAGCCAUCGUCCUCUUUAACCCUGAUGCCAAAGGCCUGUCUAACCCAGCAGAGGUGGAAGCACUGAGAGAGAAAGUCUAUGCCUCCCUUGAGUCCUACACUAAACAGAAAUACCCUGAGCAGCCCGGCAGGUUUGCCAAACUGCUGCUGAGACUUCCAGCCCUGCGCUCCAUCGGACUGAAAUGUCUAGAGCAUUUGUUUUUCUUCAAACUGAUUGGAGACACGCCCAUCGAUACUUUCCUCAUGGAGAUGCUCGAAGCUCCGCACCAAAUCACAUGACACGAGCCUCUGCGUCCCUUUUGUACAUACUCUCAUGUAAUUCAUAUCAGUGAUGAACUUGAUUUAGGAUAUAAACUACAUAUUUUGUACCAAGCACAAAAUAUUAAUGUGAAAAUAUUGUAUUGGGGAGGGGAUGGGGGAGGGGUUGGCUCAAAGGGCGGGCUGGAAAUACACUGUCAAAAAUGAAUUUUAAUAGAAUUGUUUAAAAAAAAAAGAAAAGAAAAGAAAAGAAAAGAGAUUUUUCCUCUUUGUAAAUAGAUCAUUUCAGGUAUUCAGUUUAACAGCAAGUCAAUGCAAUAAAGAAAAUUUUAUUUUAUUCAAUGAAUGAAAAAAAAAAAAAGAGAACCCCAUAAUUUCUAAAAUGCAUUUUAGAAUUCUGGUUGAAUAAAGUAUUUAAAUUAA